AUGACGGAUGUUCAACAGCAUGUGAUGAGAAAUUCCUACCUAAACCGUACCCUUUGCAUUUGUGGCAUGAAAGCCUGCGGAAAGUCGGUUCUCAUUAAAUCCAUUGCCCAGAAACUUGGAGAACAAUGCCAGAUCAACUUGCACUUUUCGUUCUGGUCAGGCAACGAAAACCAACGGAAACUAGAGGACCUCUUGAGGACCCUGGUGUGGCAAAUUUCAAGGCGUAUUAAAGAGACUGAUCUUGAGAAAGUGUUCAAGUUGUUGACCAGAAGUAAGGGCAUCGAUAAGCGGAGCCUUGUCGAGGCAAUCCACGUUGCUUUAUCUGGUAUCAGCCAGAAGGCCCAUGACGGGUGA